GAAGCCCCACCCCGGGCACCUCAGCUCCCUUUACCAGCUUAGAGUACUAUGAUCCUGAGGUAAACGUUCUUCCUUCUUGCUUGUGUUUGCUUCCUCCCCUGUGGAGUCUGCACACUCAUGCCUCUUCUGAAAUGUCUUGUCCUACUUUGGCUGGAAUCUGGGGUGCCUGUCUGAACUCUUGUCCUGCGGUUCCCAUUCUAUUCUGAUUGUGUGAGAGAAGUUUCCUCUGGGUAGAAUGACUUUGGGCUCUUUUAUUUCAUAACACAGUUCAGUUGCCCAGCAAGCACGAGACUCUGGCUGUGACAGUGAUUGAACAGAAUAAGCCUUUGAAGAUGGUGCUGUAAAUACAGACACUGAUGAGGGUUCGGGUAAAUAGCUCCAAAUUGGUCCGUGUUACCCAGGUGGACAGUGAGGAGAGACUGAAGGAGCUGGAACAGUUUAGUGUCUGGAACUCUCUCUCUUCUUUUUUAAAAGAGAAACUGAAUGAUACCUAUGUUAAUGUGGGUCUGUACAGCACAAAAACCUGCCUCAAAGUUGAGAUUAUAGAGAAGGACACCAAAUACAGUGUCAUUGUGACACGGAGAUUUGACCCCAAGCUCUUCCUUGUUUUCCUCCUUGGACUGACACUGUUUUUUUGUGGAGACUUGUUGAGCAGGAGUCAAAUUUUCUACUAUUCCACUGGGAUGAGCGUGGGAAUCGUGGCUUCUCUCUUAAUCGUCAUUUUUAUGAUCUCUAAAUUGAUGCCCAAGAGAAGUCCCAUUUACGUCAUCCUGGUAGGAGGCUGGUCCUUUUCUCUGUACCUCAUUCAGCUAGUUUUUAAGAAUUUGCAAGAGAUAUGGAGGUGUUAUUGGCAUUAUCUUCUAAGCUACAUCCUCACAGUUGGAUUCAUGAGUUUUGCAGUGUGCUAUAAGUAUGGGCCUCUGGAGAAUGAACGCAGCAUCAACCUACUGACCUGGACGCUGCAGCUGCUGGGCCUGGGUUUCAUGUAUUCCGGCAUUCAGAUCCCGCACGUUGCCUUUGCUCUCAUCGUCAUUGCACUGUGUACUAAGAACCUGGAGUACCCUAUCUACUGGCUGUACAGCACCUACAGAAGGAUGUGUAAGGCAUCAGAAAAGCCUGUCCCCCCUCGCCUCCUGACAGAAGAAGAGUAUCGGAUACAAGGAGAGGUGGAGACCCAAAAGGCUUUACAGGAACUCCGAGAAUUCUGUAACAGUCCGGAGUGCUCUGCCUGGAAGACAAUAUCUCGAAUUCAGUCUCCAAAAAGAUUCGCCGACUUUGUAGAAGGUUCUUUUCACCUUACGCCAAAUGAAGUUUCUGUUCAUGAGCAGGAGUAUGGACUAGGGAGCAUCCUUGCCCAGGAUGAGGAGCUGUCCUCAGAGGAGGAGGGCUCAGAGGACCUUCCUCUGACACAGAACAGUUUCCUGACUUAAAUGGCAGUCAUUUGUUUUCAUGUAGACUGGCACGAUGCCUUGAUGACCCAUGUUGAAAGCGCUGUGCGAUUCUCCCAGGCUUUGAUGACAGCCUGGAGCAGGUGCAGGAGGUCUCGUACUGAAAUGAAGGGGCUUCGUGGGUUGCCCUCUGGCAGUACUUUUGGUGUGUACCUCAGGAUGGUCCUCUUCGAGGAGAGAUUGACAGAGGCAGUGAGGGCUGUGACCACUUGCUUCUGACAAUUGAGCGCUUGACCCACUUUGCUGUUCUUGAAGUAAUUGUUUGCCCACAGCCAGCAGGACAUCCUAGCUCCUGUUUGAAAGUUUACUGAAUUCUGGCAACUCUGUCACUGUGACAAACCCUUAGAAAUGAGUAUUAAGUGCAGUAAUGCAUUCAAAUGGAGGCUGCAUCUUUUAAAGAGAAUCUAUGAGUGAGAGCCAUUUUUUUUUACUUCUGUCUGCUUUUAUUUCAGUGGAUCCUUAUAAUAAUCCUUGAUUUAAAUAUUGAAGAAGAAAUAGAUUAUUACCUAUCUUGUUUUUUAAACAAAUGUAUUUUUUUAAGUGCAACAAAUUCAUGUUCCAGAACCAAUAAGUGCUCCAGAGUACAAACCCUACUGAUCCCAGAUAUUUAUUGGUAUGGGUACUCCGUGGAAACCCCUGGAGCUGCUGCUGCUGGUGAGCUUGAACUCUCACGAGUCUGAUUUUAGUUUGCUUGCAUUUAGGAGAACGUCUGCUGCCCUUCUGUAGGUUCGGUUUCCUAAGCUUUUUAUUUAACACUGGCAUUUUUCUCUUGCCGUUUCUCACCACUGACUUUUCCCACUCAGGAACUCCCUUUCCUGUGGAGUGUGCACAGUUGAGAAUCUGUCUCAUUUUCCGAUUUGCCUCCACCUCCUUUCUAACGUAUCUCCUGCUGUGUACCUCAGGCUGGUCGAGGUUCCCUCUGCAUCCAGCAGUUCUGUUUUGACUUUCCUUCCCUGUCAGGAGCUGCUAUGUACCUGAGGCUGGUCCUUUCACCUUAGCUUUUAGCUGCUGGAAUUUUAAGCCUGUGCUGCUGUACCAAGUUUCUUUUUUUUCUUCUUUUUUGGUUUUCGAGACACAGUUUCUCUGCAGUUGCUCUAUAGACCAGACAGGCCUGGAACUUACAGAGAUCCACCUGCCUCCGCCUCCCAAGUGUGCUACCACCGGCUGGCAUGUCAAACUUCUAGUCUUGUUUCUUACAUAUAAAUACUCCUUUACCUUGGUUCCUUAUUUGUACUCCUCUUCCCCCCAGUCAGAUCACAGAUUUUCUGAGUUGCUACACAAUCAGGAAACUGUCCCAGGUCUGGGGAUGUAGCUCAGUGGUAGAGUGCUUACUGGUUCAGCAUGCAAGGCCCUGAUUGGAUCACUCCCACCACAACAACAAAAUGAGCCUUUUCUCCUUGUCCUUGUCUCUCUUUUAUGUAUCCAUUCUACCCAUUCAGCCUUCCUUCCCACCAGCAUGCUCCCAGGUCUUGGAAUUUGUAAGUCCUGAGCAGCCAUCUACUGAGUGUCUUUCCAUACAGUUUUAGUUUUGUAGCUGGCAGAGAGCAGACCUUCAGGUGUGCUUCCUGCCUCUGCUGCCCAUUCAGCUGUUAGAUCUGACACAUUCCUGAGUGUACUACACUUAUAGGUCCAUUUCGGUAGAGAUGCUGCCCCUUCAGCAUGAGUGAUGUCAGCUUCAGAACCUCUUGCCUUUGCAGAACCCUUAGAAGCUAGCAGGAUUGUUUAUGAGGGACAGACCCUCAAGUUUCUGCCGUUUGCUUGGUUCUUUCAUUGUGAUCUUCACCAUACACUGGAGGAAGUGUGUAAUGUUUGUAAUUCCUUCAGCCAGGGAGGUCGGUGCUCACUCAGGAAUACAGCAUCAGACUCAUUGUCUUAGGAUCAUCAAGGAGGAAGAUGGUAUUUUCAGGAAGCUCUUAGGGCUUCUUCAGAUCCGCUUUCAACAUGUAAUUUUGGAAGACCCUGGGCUCUACUGCUAGCAUCCAAAAUGUCAGCUGAGACACCUCUCCAGGUGGCCAGUUAGUUAUUUCAACCAAUGUUCCCCAUAGCCUUAAAUUGUCCUAAAGUGACAACUACCUCACUUGGUAGAAGGUGACAGGAGAAAUGAAAAGGAGCAUAUCUGAGCAGACGCUGUGGUUAGAGCUGAGGGUACGAGAAACUUUGUGAUGGAGCCUUUUUGUCUCUGUGAAUUAUGAACGUGGUAAAAAUUUGUCCCCUUUCAAAGAACUUAAAGCUCCUGAAGGGGCGGGAAUGAACUUCAGAGGCAGUGAGUGCUUGUCCCGCAGGUACAGGCUGUGGUUCAGUUUCUGGCAUCCCAAAAACAGAGCCCACCACUAACGAGAGCCUCCAGAAUACACUGUUUUGGAGGCUUCUCUACAGAAAUUUAUACCUAGUGUAUUUUAGUGUAAACUCAGUUGUACACCUGGUGUAGGUCUUGGCAGACCUUAGUGCCUCCCCCCUCACUCCUUAUGGAUGGUAGCUUGCUAAGGCUUUGGACUUCUAUUAAUUUUAAUGAGAAGUCACUGUAAGUGACUUUGAUCUUCUGUGGGUUGACUCCCUGUGAAAUACAGAUUUCUUUUCAAGGCCAUUUUUAAUUUAACUGUAUUUGAAUUUGGGGCCAGCAAACCAAGCUCAUUUUCUUACCCCUGCUUGGUAGUUGAAGAACAGAGUGCUGUGAGAGCUGCUCUCAGACAGUGAAGGACAGAUGGCGCCUACUCUGUAUGCUGUGUAUCCUUGCCCCGCCCGCC